AUGGCACGAACUAAGCAGACUGCGCGGAAGUCGACUGGCGGCAAGGCACCGCGCAAACAGCUGGCCACUAAGGUUGCUCGCAAGAGCGCCCCGGCCACUGGCGGCGUGAAGAAGCCGCAUCGGUACCGUCCUGGUACGGUAGCGCUGCGUGAGAUCCGCCGCUACCAGAAGUCUACGGAGCUGCUGAUCCGCAAGCUGCCCUUCCAGCGGCUAGUUCGCGAAAUAGCGCAAGAUUUCAAGACUGAUCUACGUUUCCAGAGCUCAGCAGUGAUGGCGCUGCAGGAGGCCUGCGAGGCAUACCUCGUGGGGCUCUUUGAGGAUACCAACCUGUGCGCCAUCCAUGCGAAGCGCGUCACCAUCAUGCCCAAGGAUAUCCAGCUGGCACGCCGCAUCCGCGGGGAGCGGGCCUAA